AUGCCUGCUUGCUCCUAUGGAACCCAUUUCCGCUCGAUCAAAGCCCAUAACUGGUACGCCCAUGUCUUCGUCCCAGAGGCAAUGAAAGGCGCCGUAGCAUUCCAGAACACCAUCCUAGUACACGCUGCAAAUACCUGGGCCUGGGUCCGCAAUGAGACCGAAACCUCUUAUACCCUCUUGCAUCGAGAUCGCGCGAUCACAAUGCUUCGUGAGCAUCUAUCUAACAACCCCCGAGACAUCUCCGACGUCGCCAUCGUCUCCUGCUUGAGCGCUGCCGCUCUGGAAGACUUCGACCCCCGGCCCGGCCAUAAGGAAAUCAGUUGGGUGCACAUGCGUGCGGCUCGCGAGAUGAUCCGGUCGCGCGGUGGAUCAGCCACCUUUGCGAACACUCGGCUUGGGAUGCUUAUCAACUGGCAAGAUUACAUUCUCUCGGGGUAUGAAACGCAUGGAUGCAGUUUCUUCUUCGAGCACAAUCCGCCGCCCUCAACCGCCUCGUCCGCACCCGCUUGCUCAUCAUCUCAACCCUCUCAGAAUCUUCACUUUAUGCCCUCUCCUCCAUCCUCAACCUCCUCCGCCUUCUCAGAUACCACGCCACGUCCAGACCCUACACAAGCUUUUAUUUCUAUACAGACAGCAUCUCCCAUCGAUGAGAUCCGACUUCAAUGCGAAGAAUUUCUCGAUUUCCUUCGUCGCUGCGAGCAACUCUCCCUCUACCAGAGGGAGAAUCCAGAAUCUUGUGAUCUUAUUCGUCUCACGGCAGCCCAAGAGACCUCCCUUCUAUACCAGAUCCUGGCAGCUCCUCCCGGUGCUCGAUUUACGGCAUCAGGAGAUCGAAAACAAAUGGUUGCCCGCCUAACGGCCCUCAUGAUUCUCAAUGCUGCUCUGUGGGAUUACCGAUAUACACCCAUUUAUGCGGCUACAUUCCUCCAGACACUAGAGCAGGCCAUGGUCGACAGCGAAGUCAGCAUGAGCGGCUCCGUCGAGGCUAUCCUCCAGAUUCUCCUCGAGUGCAACGAUGGCCCAACAAAUGAGUCCGCUAUAGGUGCCGACGGAACUCUUGCAGAGCAGCUGCCAGAUUUUACACAAUACUCCCUCUCGGCGAUCUCUCCAUCUGCGCGUCCCUGGUUUGCUGGUCGCAUGUUGAAGGUUGCAAAGCGCCUGAAUGCCGAAUCAUGGCACCGUAUCAAUGAUUUCCUGUUCUCAUGUCUUACCUUGCAGGUACACGAGUCCACCGUGUACCGCUGGGAAGCUGAUCUACGUCGCGAAAUACUCGAGGCACCAUUAACGAGCUAUGUUAUGCCUUCCCUAAUUGAGUGA